GAGCCGAAGAAGACUACCAAACGUGUGCUCACUUCCUCUAGCAGUCGUCGUCCUCGAUGAUAAGCAGGCCAGGGGGUGGUGGAGCACUCCAACCUAAUUAAGUGAGCUUCCAGGUCGAGGAGAGGGACCGCCGGAGGAAAACUUCGGAGGCGCCCAACUUCCAAGAUACCCACUAGCUCGCUGCCUCACACCGCGUUCUUUUCCCCCUUGGCUGGGUGCUAGAAAGAUGCGAUUUUUUGGCCCUGGGACCACUUGUUCUUCUGAUUCUUACGCUGCGGGCACCCCCCCCUUGGCUUCUCGUCUGGUGUCUGUUUUCUCGUGUUUGAGGUGAUAUUUGGCUCAUCCUUUGGCGCCUUUGAAGGGUGGGUGAGAGGUCUCGAGUCCAAAAUCUGCAAGCGUCUUCUGCGUAUGGGCCUCUUAGCCGCCCUGUAGGAGACCUGUAUGGAAGAAUUUGGGGAGGGACGAUCUCUAGUCUAUCUGUCAAGCAGCUAGAGUGGUGUUCAUGUGGGCCGAAGCUAAGGGAGAUACUGCAGUUGAUGAGGAGACAGUAGAGGGGCUUGUUGGAUUCUUCAAGGACUUGCUAAACUUUUGUCCUUCUUCUUGUGAUCUAGAGGCCUGAUAUUUUUCAAUCACUGAGCCGUAUUUGCCGAAGUGCACAGAUAGAGGGGUUUAUUGGAUUAAGCAAGAACAAGGCCUCCCAAUUUUGGGAUUCGUCACAAUACCAUAAGAGUGAACAAGUAAGGACCAUUUGAUCCUGGGACAUGGAGAAGCAAUCCAGCACGCGACAUGGCCCGCUAGAAAAACUGAAGAGCUUCCGGGGGAUAGAGAAGCAGAGAAGCUUUAAGUUCUUGUCCAUGGAGAAACAGCAGAGCUUCAAAAGGAACAAGGACAGCCCUGGGAAGCGGGGUGACACCGCACUCCACCUUGCGGCGAGGGCUGGCAGUGUUGCCCAUGUCCAGAAGAUCCUUGCAGAGUGCGAUCCAGAGCUUGUGGUGGAGUUAGCUGCCCGCCAGAAUCAGGAUGGUGAGACUGCGCUGUAUGUGUCCUGUGAAAAGGGGCAUGUCGAGGUUGUGUGUGAGAUUUUGAAGGCUUCUGACGUGCAGUCAGCAGGGCUCAAGGCCAGCAACAGCUUCGAUGCAUUCCAUAUUGCAGCAAAACAGGGCCAUCUGGUUCAAUUUGUUGAUCUUGCAGAUGUCUUGAAGGAACUGCUGCAAGCCUUUCCCUCAUUAGCUAUGACAACAAAUUCUGUAAAUGCCACCGCUUUGGACACUGCUGCAACUCAGGGCCACAUUGAUAUAGUUAAUCUUUUGCUAGAAACAGAUGCAAGCCUUGCUAGGAUUGCAAGAAAUAAUGGCAAGACAGUUUUGCAUUCAGCAGCAAGAAUGGGCCAUGUGGAGGUGGUCACUGCACUGUUGAAUAAGGAUCCAGGGAUUGGUUUCAGAACAGAUAAGAAGGGACAGACAGCGCUACACAUGGCUUCAAAAGGCCAAAAUGCGGAAAUUCUGCUCGAGUUGUUAAAGCCUGAUGUCUCAGUUAUCCAUGUGGAAGACAGCAAGGGGAACAGACCAUUGCAUGUUGCAACUCGGAAGGGGAACACCAUUAUGGUCCAGACCCUAAUAUCAGUUGAAGGGAUUGAAAUCAAUGCGGUUAAUAGAGCUGGAGAGACUGCUUUUGCUAUUGCAGAGAAACAAGGUAAUGAAGAGCUUAUUAACAUCCUUAAAGAGGUUGGUGGAGUAACUUCAAAAGAGCAAGUGAAUCCUCCUAAUCCAGCAAAGCAGCUCAAGCAGACUGUCAGCGAUAUCAGACAUGAUGUUCAAUCACAGAUCAAGCAAACACGCCAGACCAAGAUGCAAUUCCAAAAAAUCAAGAAGAGAAUUCAAAAGCUCCACAUUGGUGGACUAAACAACGCCAUCAACUCCAAUACCGUAGUUGCAGUGCUUAUUGCCACCGUCGCCUUUGCAGCCAUAUUCCAACUCCCUGGUAAUUUUCUGGAGGAUAUGAAAGACGCAUCUGAUCCGGACAUGACCUUGGGGCAAGCUUUUAUAGCCAGUAAUCCAGCUUUUAUAAUCUUCUUGGUCUUUGACGCCUUGGCUCUCUUCAUCUCCCUUGCUGUUGUCGUUGUCCAGACAUCUCUAAUUGUCGUCGAGCAGAAGGCGAAGAAGAAGAUGGUUUUUGUGAUAAACAAGUUAAUGUGGCUUGCAUGCCUAUGCAUCUCGGCAGCCUUCAUAGCACUGACCUACGUUGUUGUGGGCCGAGAUGACGAGUGGUUGGCUUGGUGUACCAUGGCGAUUGGCACUGUCAUCAUGGUGGCCACUCUUGGUUCCAUGUGUUAUUGCAUUGUUUCUCACAGGAUGGAGGAGAAGAACAUGAGGAAAAUUAGAAGGACCUCCACAAGCCAGUCGUGGUCCGUAUCAAUUGACUCGGAAACGGAGCUGAUGAACAGUGAAUAUAAGAAGAUGUAUGCCCUUUAGGGUGCCGUCCUUCCUUGUCGUCGAGUCUGUAUAUAUGUACCCAUUUGCCAGAGACAUGGCACUAAGUGGGAUUGACUAGAACUAUAUUUAGGCCUAGAACAUGGCACCUGUAUGUAACUGCAGUCCGCAGCCUCCUUCCAUGAGCAGAGGGGUGAAUUCCAGGUGAUAGGAGUAGCCACUUUUUGUAGGCAAAAUAUGACUAUUUGCCUAGCAAGAUGUUUAUCUUAUAUGCUUAUUAUUAUUGUGAAUGGAAAUUAAAACCGUGAAAUUGUAUCUGUA